AAAGUGGUAGUUUUUUGGCGACACGUUUAAAUCCAUCCAUACGCCACCCCGGUUAAAAACGGGCUGAACUCCUUGGCCUGGAAUACCAUUCCCCAUGGCUUACAAAGAUGGUUACAGCCUGCCUGGUCCGCUCUCCCCGGACUGUCAAGCGUCCCCUAUGUCACAGCUCGCCCAUUGCUUCACUGGACUCAGCGCAUUUCAUGCAGGUGAUACUCCACGGAAAUGUUUGGACCUCUCAAACAUCAGCACAGAUAGUCCAGAUGUCGGUGCUACACAGCUAUCUCCACACCGAGAUAAGCCUGGCUCUGUUCCAGUGAACUAUGAAUCACCUGUGCUAAGAAACAAUCGAAUGAAAAAGGUGCUAUCCUUCCUGCCCAGAUUACUGUGCAGCAGCCCAAAGGUUCUUCCCUGUGAAACUUCUUGCCGUGAUAAGGAGAAUGAGCCCCCUGCGCAGAGAGUGCAGUUUCAGUUGGGGGAUUUUCUGCCUGCUGAGGACUCCCUCUUCCAGGGUGACAGUGAGCCCUGUGGCCUCGAAAGCCCCCCUUUCUACCUCCCACCGUUCUCCCCUUCCCACGAUUGCCCAAGGGGAGCAGAUGUGGGUGGCUUCAUGGAAAUCCUGGAGCAGGAUUUUGAGCAGUCAUCAGUGACUUCCUCCAUGUCAUGCAGCAUGGCACAGCUACUCUCUGAACCCAUCAUGAACCAGGAAGUGAAUCUGUCUUCAGUAUCGGUGUGUCACCAGGAGGGCCGGCGUCUCUUCCGCUCCCCCUCUAUGCCGGGGCGUCUGGAGCGCAUGGCGGGGAAGCGCGCUUGCAGCUCCCCUGCGGUGGCAGGCCGCCCUCUGAAACGUCACUGCACCUUCUCCGCCAUCUCCGAGGAAGCCAGCCAACAGGAGGGGGACCAGGAGCCCGGGGUUUCCAGUCAGAGGAGGCUCCGGCUUAAGAAGACCCAUUCUCUGUGUGAGGGGACAGAGACGCUGGGAGGUGAUUGGGUCGAUGCAGAACUCAUCGGAGAUUCCAGUAAGAUGUACGCCCUUCCUACGGUACCAGGGAGACACCAAGAAUUGAAGUACAUCACAGGAGAGACUAUGUGUGCUCUACUGGAAGGGAAGUUCAGCUGUCUGGUUGAGUCCUUUGUUGUCGUGGACUGUCGCUACCCUUACGAGUAUCAGGGGGGGCACAUUAAGGGUGCGAUGAGUCUGCCAAACACGGUUGAGGCUGUGCAGUACCUCCUCUCUGAGAAGCUGAAGGCGAGCUCUCCGCACAAGAGAUUUAUCCUGGUGCUACACUGUGAAUUCUCCUCUGAAAGAGGCCCCAGAACGUGUCGCCUUCUGCGGCGCGAGGACCGCAGCGUGAACGAGUACCCAGCCUUGCACUACCCCGAACUCUACAUUCUCAAGGGGGGCUACAGAGAUUUCUACCACUCGCACCAGGAGCACUGUGACCCCCAGGCCUACUGCCCCAUGCACCACCAGGACCACAGGGAGGAGCUGCUCCGCUGUCGCACCCACGGCCGGGCCGCCGUGGAGGAGCACCGACGGCGCCAGCACAUCCACCGCCUCAUCAAACCACUUCAUCAAGCUGCCUCGUCUGACCACUGUCCCAGCCUCCCCGGCAGAAAAACACCCGGCACAAACGGUGAUCUUGAGACGAGUGGACGUCAUUAACUGAAAUUUCAGAGAAUGCGCUGCUGUUUUAUUUGAUCUUUUUAAAAUAUUUUUAUUUGUAUCCGAUCAUUGUAACAAACUUGUUUUUCACCGUAUUGGCUUGUACAUGAAAUGAGACCUAUUUUUUAACGUGUUUUGUAAUCCUUCCCCUUCAUAUGCUGCCAUGGUAACUAUGCACAAGGGUGACUCAUUUGAAACGGCCUUGUUUUAUUUGUGUGGCCGUGCAUUUUAAUGGCAGAAACUGCCGUGGCCACUCACACGCCUUAUUGCCACUUAGAUGAACAGGAUGUGUAAUCCACUAAUCCCACUGUAGGAUAUUUUAAUUACAGAGAGGACAGAAGGUUAAUGGAUUUGGGUUUUUUUUCAUUUUAAAAUUGCUUUUAAGCUAUUUUUGCAUUUACAGAGUAUGAUGUUAUUUUCAGUAACAAUUAUGAGUGUUUUCAAUUGUCCAUCAUGACUUUUUAAACUUUGAGUCCUGGCAGGGUGACCUUGAAAUAUGAAUUCUGCAAUAAUAAUGACCAAAUAUUUGGAAUAAAAUACAUUUUAUGAAUAAAAAAA